GACUAUUGGGUUCACGUUACACGACAUAAAAUAGAGAGGCCAUGUUGGUCAGUGUUCAAUGAGUGUUGUGUUCGUUCGCCGUUGGCUUGUGGCUUUUUUCAUAGCCAUAGGAAUUAUUUGUAUAGUUUUUAUUUCCCUCAGGAAGUCUUAUCAAGAGUCAUAUAUCCUUGAAGUUCCUACCACUGAGUUUCAGUGGAUCAAUAUUGAGAACUUGACAGAGUUUAGAGAUUGCAGAAAUUCUAUCCAAGGAGCUCUAUUGAUUGUUGAUGAAAGAGGAUUUGUCUGUAAUCGUAAAGACCUGUCUGCUAGUGGGUGUUGUCACAGUGGAGGAGAGAGUACUAAACGUUACGAGUGCAGAUAUUGUCAGAACAAUAACUGUUGCAGCAUUUAUGAACACUGUGUUUCCUGUUGUUUAAACCCUGACAAUAGGAGAUUACUGGAACAAAUUUUGAUACUUGGAUCAUCAGUGCCUAAUGUGAUUUCCAAGUCUGUCGGUGACCAGUUUGAGCUGUGCUUGGUCAAAUGCCGCACUUCCUCUAAGAGUGUGUGGCAUGAGAACUCAUACAAAGAUAAGACAUUCAAACACUGUUUUGGCCUGACUGGACCAGAAUUUGCUGGUGCUUUGUAGAUAUUUAGUUAACUUGAAAUUAGCAAAGUCAAUACAGAAAAAAAUUCUUGUAAAUGAAAAUAUAUCUAUUUUUUUAAAGUUAUAUUUUAUUUGUGCAGAAUUUGAGAAUGUUAUCAUCUCAUAGGUUUGUCUUUAGGAUAUUAGGUUCUUAAAUAUUUUUCUCAAAUUAUCUUGCAUUUCAUAUACUCACAUAGGUAUGCAGUAUUUUAAGUUUACAUAUUAGAUUCUCAUCUAGUCAAGACUUUUAUUGCAUCUCUGUUAUCUUUUUUUUUUUUAUAAAACCUAAGAGACAGACUAGCUUUUAAAUAUUGAUGAAAGAUUCUAUUCUUUUAUUUAUUUCAGAAUAGGUACUGAAUGAUGUAGAUAUCAAUAUUGAGGUGUACACCUAUAGAGAUGUAAUUGCAACACUUCAGUGCUUUUCAUUUUUGUUUAAUUUAUUUAUAAUAAAUCACAGUAUAUCAGUUUAUGGAAUAAAUACAUUUUUAUUUAGUUUAUGUAAAUUUAAACAAAUAACUACAAUUAUAAUCAUUGUUGAUAUUGUUAUAACCUUUUGCUGCUAAUAAGUAGACAGUUUUAAGAUCUAUCAACUCUUUGGUCUAGAAGUAAGGUAGAAAUUAAAUCAUUAAAAACUGAAUCAUCAA